UGAAUAUUUAUUGGAGGUGGGUCAAGCCUACAGGCAUACUGUAUCCUACAUGUACAAUACCACAUUAGGUACAUAUUUUGCGGUAGUGCGGCGCAAUCAGCGAUCAGCGAUCAGUAGCCAGGAAUAGUAGAAGGUGCAAGCUGUCGAUUUCAACUUCUCACAUCAAUUAAGCGCAAUAACCCGAAUUUGACUUCGGCUCGUCCUCAUAUUUUAUCGCAUCCCAUCACAUCGCAUCGUAUCGCAUCGAACCGAAGCCACCAGGUCCCUCGACGUUUCAUGCGCUGGCACGCCCGAUUCUUAGUGCUCAAUUUGGAGCAAGAAGGUUAUAUCCAACUGAAGCAUCAACACCCGACUUGAAGUCCUUGAAGUCCUUGAAGUCUUUGUCGCGAUCAUGUUGGCAGAAAUCGCCAGCUCCAUUAUGGAGCUCGCUCGACGAGACGACGAAGAGACGGAUCCCGAUGAAGCCGACUCGGGACAAAAGGAAAUAUUUGCGUCAUGGGCCUUAUUCAUAUUGAUCAUGCUCCUCAUUAUUGCCUUCUUUACCAGCUACAUAUUACAGCAGAAGAAGGUCCAAGCUGUUCACGAAACAGUAAUCUCUAUCUUUGCCGGAAUGACUGUAGGCUUAAUUCUUAGAGUGAGCACCGGCCAUUCUAUCCGACAACUCGUCAGCUUCGACUACCAAAUCUUCUUCAACUUAUUAUUACCGCCCAUCAUCCUAAACUCCGGAUAUGAGUUACACCAAGCCAAUUUCUUUCGAAACAUUGGCACCAUCCUUACCUUCGCCUUCGCUGGGACUUUCUUGUCUGCCGUAGUAAUUGGCCUGCUGUUAUGGCUGUAUACUCGAAUACCGCUCGAAGGCCUCGAGAUGAGUUUUGUUGAUGCCAUCUCCGUCGGUGCAACGUUAUCUGCUACAGACCCGGUCACGAUCCUGGCCAUUUUCAAUACCUAUAAAGUCGAUCCAAAACUGUAUACUGUUAUUUUUGGCGAGUCUAUCUUGAACGAUGCUAUUGCGAUUGUCAUUUUCGAGACCGCGCAGAAGUACAGUAGCGAUUCUGCAGGCACGUAUGGAUUUCUGAGUUUCCUCGAAGGUGUGGGCAUCUUCUUGCUCAUCUUCUUUGGUAGCUUGUUCAUCGGGGUUUUGGUUGGCGUUGGCACUGCGCUUGCUUUGAAGUUCACCUAUAUCAGGAGGUACCCUCAAAUCGAGACUUGCUUGAUCGUGCUGAUCGCAUAUGCAAGCUACUUCUUUUCCCAAGCAGUAAAGAUGUCAGGUAUCGUGUCUCUGCUGUUCUGUGGUAUUACUCUUAAGCAUUAUGCAUACUUCAACAUGUCACGGCGGACACAGCUUAGCACCAAGUACUUUUUCCAAAUACUCGCCCAGCUAUCCGAAAAUUUCAUCUUCAUCUAUCUAGGACUGUCGUUAUUCACGGAUAAUGACCUCCAGUUUCAACCGCCCCUGAUAAUUGUCACCAUCGUCGCCGUUUGUGCCGCGCGAUGGGUAGCAGUAUUUCCGUUGUCUAGGGCUAUCAAUUGGUUUCACCGUUAUCGGGCGCGUCGUCGGGGCAAGGAGGUCAACGAUGAACUUCCAUAUAGCUACCAGGCGAUGCUAUUCUGGGCCGGUCUACGAGGAGCGGUCGGUGUAGCGCUGGCUGCUUUAUUAACCGGGAAAAACUCGUAUGCAUUGAAAGCCACUGUGCUUGUUGUGGUAGUGCUCACUGUGAUCAUCUUUGGUGGCACUACGGCGCGAAUGUUGGAGAUAUUAGGUAUCAGAACGGGCGUUGUAGAAGAAGUUGACAGCGACGACGAAUUCGACAUCGAAGCCGCACCAUCAGGCUCUUAUUAUAAAAGGUCUGGGACCGGAAUCGGGUACAAUCCCCGGCAGAGAAAUGGGUCGGUGCGUCUUGAUCGGGUGGAUUCUGGGAGACUCCAGCAGCCGGCGGGACCAGAACGAGGAAGUUAUGUAUCAGGCCAUCGUUCACCGUCUUUCCCAACGUCACGUGCCACGAGUUCAAGCCGUAAAGGUUCUCGGCAAGCUGGUGAUGAAGUUGAACGAGCAGAUCUCUUAGGGCGCAGUGGUAAUGUGACCGACUCAGAUCUUGGGAGCGAUAUUGAUACAUCGGAUCUCCCGCCCCCAGCCCGUAAAGCACCGCGCAGCCCAAUUCUUACGCCUAGCGGGACGUCAGAAGAGGAAGGCGUCUUUUCAUACCCAACUUCAGGUCACAGAGACGCAGCACCUAUUUCUACAAGGGCGGCUAUUAAACAAUUACUUACCGCUCAGGACCCCCAGGCUCUGUUUAGGCAGUUAGACGAGGACUACAUCAAGCCUAAACUGCUUCUCGACGGAGGUAACGGGGGUUCAAGCGGUGGGAGAGGGAAUGGUGAUGGGGACUCGGAAUAAGCCAAUUGAAAGGGCCAAAAUUUAAAGGAGGUACAAUACAUGGGAUCUCCACGCGUGAAUGAACAGUGUAAUACAUAUAAUAUGUAGACCAGAGUGGUAGUGUUUUGAACAUGAUAAACUAUUACCGUAA